CAUUUCUUUCAUAUCCAACAGAGCGAAAGAAGUGGUGUCUUGUAGAAUUAAGAUCACCAGCAUGGCACAGAACCAAGAAAGAGACCAACGCAGUUUGGAAGCAAGAAGAAGAGAAUUUAUUUUACGUAAAAAGAAAGAAGCAGAAGACCUGAAGAAAUAUGGGUACUAUUUCAUCAUGAAGUUUGUAGACCUUUACAAAAAGUAUCAACCAGAAGUCCUCCAUGCAUACACAACUGAGGUGCUACACUGCAUAUUCUUUUUGGGCCACAUGCGCAAAAUUGAGCCUACAGAUUUCUUUGAGACUAAUGGGCUAAUAUCCAAAUUACAACAAAUGUUUCCAGACCCUUUUGAGAAAUACAAAACCCACCUGCCGACCCGCACUCCUUUCUCCAUCAUACUUGAUGCGAUUGUGCACAUCAAAGACAAUCAGCAUGAAAACAAGGUCAUGGACUGUCUGGUUGCUUUCUUGAAAGACGUGAAGCUGUCAAAACACGACCCUGAUACCAAACAUCAGAACCAUUACACUUUGGAGGCCACUGUCAUCUGCAUUUGCCAUUAUGAAAAGACAAACAUACAAAGGUCAAACAACUUCUACGGCGCGUCCCUGUCCUGCAAGGGGAAAGUAGAGCAGGAGGUCAUGAUCGCUGUAUCAUGUCUGGAAACAUGGAAUGCAGCAGUGGCUCAUGCAGUGAGCCUUGCAGACAAUGGUGGUGCCAUCAUGCUUCCAAAAACAGUAAAAUGCAGCGCCUUUAAAAGAAAUUGGAGAACAGACCACUAUUUCGGCACACCUCCAUGCAAAAAAUGCAUUACUAUAUUCCAAGGCCCUUCGUUCAAGCCUUGUCAAUACAAAACUGAUAAGGAACCAAAAUGGCCAGAAUGGCCCUACGGCAACUGUGCUGAAACAGAAUCUCUCAGCAAGCUCCUCAAUGCAGAGCCAGAACUUUAUCAACAAGUAAAGAUUCUUAAGAACAACAGUCCAGCUAAUCUUGAAAGAGUUACAGUUCAGAACAAGGCAAAACAAAUUCUGGUCAGCAAGCUUGAAGAAAAAUAUUAUGUGACUAAUGGCAAUGAGGUUCAGUUUCAGUUCUUUAAACCUCCUCCCAGUCCUUUUUAGCUCCACUAUCUGUGUCCGAACCUUAAAUCAAGCUAAUCCCUGAUCCCCACUGGUUCAAAUUCUACAGCUAUGGAUCACCCCACAGAAGGAACUAAACCUGCUGACUAAUGUUAUGCUAACAUGUUCAAUUACAUACAGCUUUUUAGUUUUCCAUAGUACUUAACGAAAAACGGACACAAAUUGAAAUACUGGCUUCAGGUAGACUUAUU